UAGCAACCGCCAAAUCCUUUUCCAUCAAAAGUAAUAACUGAAAAUGAGACUGUGUUUAAUUAUUAUCACAGUUUUGUUGGUAGCUGAGCAGAUUCUGAGUUCUCCUUCUCGUCGUUUCAAUAAAGUGGCCUUUGAAGAAUAUUUAGUUCAAGCAAAAGACGUUUUGGAUCGAGUUCCACUUAUUGAUGGGCACAACGAUUUCCCUUAUAGCCUUCGAAGAUAUGAAAGUAAUCAAGUGGGAGAUUUGGACAUUUAUGACUUGACAAUUGUCGAACCAUGGGCUAGUUCCGCCUCAUCGCACACGGAUAUCAAUAGACUACGCCAAGGAAAAGUCGGAGCUCAAUUUUGGUCAGCCUAUGUUCCGUGUACUACGCAAUACAAGGAUGCCAUCUCAAAGACGUGGGAGCAGAUUGACGUAAUCCAUCGAUUAGUGGAGGCAAAUCCGACAACAUUCGCCUUUGUAACAUCAGCACAAGAAAUCGAAGAUGCUUUCGCGCAAGGAAAAAUCGGGAGCAUGGUUGGAGUUGAAGGUGGGCAUUCGAUGGGCAGCUCUUUGGGCGUUCUCCGUAUGAUGUACGACAGGGGUGUACGUUACAUGACAAUGACGCAUUCAUGCCCUACCCCGUGGGCGGAUAACUCGCAAUUGGACGAUCCCGGUAACGUUCCUGUUCAUGACGGUCUAACUCCGUUCGGCAGGACUGUGGUAGCGGAAAUGAAUCGGAUCGGAAUGCUGAUUGACUUGUCGCAUGUAUCGCGCAAAACAAUGAGAGAUGCGCUGGAAAUUAGUACAGCACCUGUCAUUUUCUCUCAUUCGUCGGCUUACGCAUUAUGCAACAACACCCGCAAUGUUCCCGACGAUAUUUUGCAGUUGGUGGCUCAAAACGGUGGUGUCGUCAUGGUCAAUUUCUUUGUCUCUUACAUCACCUGUGGUCUGACAGCAACUGUACAAGACGUUGCAGAUCAUAUCGAACAUAUUAGGAAUAUCGCGGGGGUUGACAACGUCGGCGUCGGAUCGGACUUUAAUGGCGUCGCAAGGACACCCGAAGGAUUGAAAGACGUGUCUGAAUAUCCCAACUUGUUUGUCGAGCUACUUGCCCGCGGAUGGACGGAAACUGAUUUAGAAAAAGUUGCUGGACUUAACUUGCUGAGAGCACUCAGAGGCGCCGAAUCGGUACGGGAUCAAAUGGCAGCCGAUGGAGUAAAACCUUUUGACGAGUGGAUUCCGCAGACGGAUUUACCGGCCGAGGCUCAGCCGUGCAACACCGGCGAGUACAAAUCCCAAAAACUAUUAACCGAAUGAAUUUUAAGUUUAACUAGAACACUAUGAGGUUGUCUUAUCCCCUGAAUAGCUAACGAAUUACAUUUGAUAGUCGCUGAAAAAAAU